CGCUCCGCUCCGCACCGCACGGCCCCGCUCCGCACCGCCCGGCCCCGCUCCGCACCGCCCGCCCAUGGUGCUGCCCGGCCCGCCCGGCAUGUCCCGCUCCGAGGAGGUGCACCGCCUCACCGAGAAUGUCUACAAGACAAUCAUGGAGCAGUUCAAUCCCAGCCUCAGGAAUUUCAUUUCUAUGGGGAAGACCUAUGAAAAAGCCUUAGCAAGUAUGACAUACGCAGCAAAAGGAUACUUUGAUGCUCUGGUUAAGAUGGGAGAGCUGGCCAGCGAAAGCCAAGGAUCCAAGGAACUGGGAGACGUGCUCUUCCAGAUGGCAGAAGUCCACCGGCAGAUCCAGAACCAGCUGGAGGAGAUGCUCAAGUCCUUCCACAACGAGCUCCUGACGCAGCUGGAGCAGAAGGUGGAGCUGGACUCGCGCUACCUGAGCGCUGCGCUGAAGAAAUACCAGACAGAGCAAAGGAGCAAGGGCGACUCGCUCGACAAGUGCCAGGCAGAGCUGAAAAAACUCCGCAAGAAAAGCCAAGGAAGCAAAAACCCCCAGAAGUACUCGGACAAGGAGCUGCAGUACAUCGAAGCCAUCAGCAACAAGCAAGGGGAGCUGGAAAACUACGUCUCGGAUGGGUAUAAGACGGCUCUGACGGAGGAGAGGAGACGGUUCUGCUUCCUGGUCGAGAAGCAGUGUGCGGUGGCGAAGAGCGCCAUCACCUACCACGCCAAGGGGAAGGAGAUGCUGACGCAGAAGCUCCCCCUGUGGCAGCAGUCGUGCUCCGAUCCCAACAAGAUCCCGGACCGCGCCAUACAGCUGAUGCAGCAGAUGGCUGCCAGCAGCAAUGGCACCAUCAUGCCCAGCCCUCUGUCUACAUCCAAGUCCAACCUCAUCAUCUCUGACCCCAUCCCCGGUGCCAAACCUCUCCCUGUCCCCCCGGAGCUGGCACCUUUUGUCGGACGCAUGUCGGCACAGGAGGCCUUGCCGGUGGUGAACGGAGCCUCAGGCCCAGACAGUGACGAUUACAACCACUGGGCUGAGGUGAAGCCAGCACAGCCCAAAUCUUUAUCUCCUCCCCAGCCUCAGAAGCAGCUGAGCGACUCUUACUCGAACACGCUUCCAGUUCGCAAAAACGUGCCGCCGAAAAACAGCUACGCCUCAGCCGAAAACAAGACGCUGCCGCGCUCCAGCUCCAUGGCCGCAGGGCUCGAGAGGAACGGCAGGACGAGGGUGCAGGCCAUUUUCUCUCACGCUGCUGGAGAUAACAGCACCCUCCUGAGCUUCAAGGAGGGCGACCUCAUCACGCUGCUGGUGCCGGAGGCCAGGGAUGGGUGGCACUACGGGGAGAGCGAGAAAACCAAACUGAGGGGCUGGUUUCCUUUCUCCUACACGCGUGUCCUCGACAACGAUGGCAGCGAGCGGGUGCACACGAGCCUGCAGCAAGGGAAGAGCAGCAGCACGGGCAACCUGCUCGACAAAGACGACAUCGCCAUCCCGCCGCCCGACUACGGCAUGUCCUCGCAAGCCUUCCCGUCGCAGAACGUCAACACCUUCAAGCAGAGGCCGUACAGCGUGGCCGUGCCUGCCUUCUCCCAGGGUCUCGAUGACUACGGGACGAGGUCGGUUAGCAGCGGCAGCAGCAGUCUGGUAUCAACGGUGUGAGGACACCGGGCUUGCAGCGGCACCGUGCUGCUCGGAAGAGCUUUCUGCUUCUUUCUCCCCCUUUUUUCCCCCCCCCGUUUCUCUUUCUCUACUUUCGGAUUUUAAACUCUCGCGAUCUUCAAGGAAACCAUGGUGCUUCUCCACCCCUCCCUGGUGUUCACAGUGCCCUUGUUUCUGAAGCCUUUUCAGAGCAGAAACUGCCGAUCGGUCUGUGCUCGCUUUGAAGCAGCCUGGAUGCAGUUUACACUUUUAGUGGGACCCAGUUUUUGUACUACUUUGUGAAUGUUAGAGAUGCACUACCCCUCCUCUGGGGCUUUUCGCACGCCACGGUGCGCGGGCAGAGCUCCCCGGAACGGAGCCCACAUGCAUGGCCUCUGGUGUACAUACUGUUACGGGGCAGCCCCGGGGCUGGCCACGAGGUGGGCACGGGUCCCCUUGGCCCCUCAGAUCCGCUUCCCCCCAGCCGAGCCGCAAAGGCUGCGUUAGGAGAAGUGGAUGGCGCCGAGCCCCCGGCCGCGGGGAACGGCUGGUUCUCCGCUGGGGCGGCCGGCAGCCCCCCGAGGGGUUCCUCCUUGUUGUUUUAUAAAUAUCUAUAUUUUUUUGUAGCAAGGUAUUGUUACCUCACCUUAGUGCGGGGGGCCGGGCAGAGCAGUCCCGGGAUGUGCUCGCAGCCCCGCGUGGCUCGGCCGUGUCUGUGUGUCCGUCCCAGGCAGGGCUGGGGCUGCCAGCACCGCCAGCGCCCGUCUGCGCUGCAAAGCUCUACACGCUUUCCUUUUUUCUGAUGUGAUUUUUAAAACCUCUGACAUGCCUGUUUACUAGGACAUUGCUGGCAAUACACACGGACAAGUUUUUGUUUUAUAUACCAGACUAUGGGCAUACCGUACCGAGACCCUCCUGCAGCGAUGUCACAAUUUUGCUAAAGAUUUUUAACCCAGGAUAUUUCAUGCUGAGUGACUGAAUGUAGAGGGGGGGAAAAAACCACCCUAGUAAAACUUGUAUGGAGACUGUAAAGUGCUGAAACCUUUUUUAAAAGCCAGAGAGAAAUGUGCCCUGUACUGAGUUAUUGUUUGAAUAAAAGUUUUAUUUAUUGC